ACAUGAUAUAUAAGAACAAAAACAAAGUGAUUGCUUUCAAGAAACCCAUCACAAAUACUAUGCCAAAGCCAAUGAUCGUUUACUUUAAAUUAAUUCACAUUUGCUUAGGCCUGGAUUUCGGUUUUAUGAAAUUUCAAAGCACUAGAUGGAUUAUAUCGAAACUGUCCACAUUACUCUACGCCAUAUUCUUCAGUUCUAUUUGUGUGUUUGUGUUUUUGUUCUACUUAAGCCCAUUGCAAAUUGCAUGGUAUUCUUCAUACGUGUUCACUUACCUGACGCAAGUUCUUAUGUUGGUGCUUUCUAAUGAGAAUACAUUUUGGGCGUUGCUAAAUGAUUUGAUUGCUAUUGACACCCAAAUGGGGAUUACCACAAAGAUUCACAGAAUUGAUGUCAAAUUAAUUUUGUACACGACGUUUUGUGUCUUAUACAGGGUCGUAUUUUCAAUCGUUUACUGUAGCUUGUUGCCAGAGAACUGUAUCAAUCUUCUGUUAGGUACAAUAUUCUUUAUUGUGCCCUUGUGGUCUAUAGAUGUUGUACUAAUUGUUUAUUUCUUCGUCUUCUAUUCAAUAUAUUGCCGUGUAAGAACACUUGUUGAUUCAAUUGAAAAUAAUAUGUUAAGUAUCAGUUCUUCACAGUCGAUUUACAGAUGUCUAUUGAUAUCUGCAGAAAAAGUUUUGGUAACUUUUAACAGAGUGUUUUUGGUCGCCCUCUUGUUCACAACGCCAAAUGUAUUAACGUCUAUAUAUUCUUCCAUCAAAGAGUUGCAACAAGGGCCCAGAAAUCAGAGUUCAGUGAACGUGUUUGGCAGUUGGUUAGCUGUGUCCUCCACGAUUCACAUACUAGUUCUGUUCUUCGCCCCGGCGAUAGCUGCUGGCUUCGUGACGUCACGAGUGGAAACAUUAAAAUCUUUAUUGUACGACCGAUUGGUCGACGAAAAAGGUACAGGAUAUUGUAGAAACUUGAAUAAUAAAAAAGGUACAGGUUAUUGUAGAAACUUGAAUAAUAAAAAAGGUACAGGUUAUUGUAGAAACUUGAAUAAUAAAAAAGGUACAGGUUAUUGUAGAAACUUGAAUAAUAAAAAAGGUAUAGGUUAUUGUAGAAACUUGCAUAAUAUAAGGAUUUGAUAACAUAACAUACAAAGUUCUGUAGCGUGUCUGAAGUGUAAAUCUUUUAUGUUUAUUUCGUAAAGAACUGUUUAGCGACGUGGUUUGUUUUUACCUCUGAAAUUCAGUUCAGAAAUAAACAUAAAUAAAAUAGGACGAAGUCAAACAGACAGCCUCAAAAGGAGUUCUACAUACAUACAUAUAAUCACUUCUUUAUCCAUACAUACAUAUGGUCACGUCUAUAUCCCUUGCGGGGUAGACAGAGCCAACAGUCUUGAAAAGGCUGAAUGGCCACAUUCAGCUAUUUGGCUUAAUGAUAGAAUUGAGAUUCAAAUAGUGACAGGUUGCUAGCCCAUCGCUUAGAAAAGAAUCCCAAGUUUGUAAGCCUAUACCUUAGUCGCCUUUUACGACAUCCAUGGGAAAGAGAUGGAGUGGUCCUAUUCUUUUUUGUAUUGGUGCCGGGAACCACACGGCACGGCAGUGCUCCUGUCUGACCUCUUCUGCUUGUGACAUGACCCAACAUGAUAAGGGUAUAGACUCUCAGCUCCUUGAGGUCAUAUGUGGAAGGAGAAGAGUCUCUGGAGACAUCUUAUCUUGCUAUUUAGCGGUAGUGCGCUUGUCUGUGACACCAGAGGUCCCGGGUUCGAAUCCCGGUCAGGGCAUGAUGAGAAACGAAAUUUUACUAAUUGCCCUGUAUCGUGGAUGUUUAUCUAUAUAAGUAUUCAUUAUAAAAUAUAGUAUCGUUGAGUUAUUAUCUCGUAACACAAGUUUCAAACUUGCUUCGAGGCUAUCUCGAUCUGUGUACCUAAUUUGAGUCCCGUAUUUAUUUAUUUAUUAUUUUUAGCUGUGCCCGUGACUUCGUCCUCGUGGAAUAUUUAUUUUGAGCAUCAUUGAAGACCUUAAGGAUGAAUAAUUUUCCCCGUUUUUUUCACAUAUUCCAUUAUUUCUUUGCUCCUUAAAGUCGCAGCGUGAUGUUAUAUAGCCUAAAGCCUUCCUCGAUAAAUGGUCUAUUCAACACAAAAAGUUUUGAACUCACUUCGAGGCAAACUCGAUCUGUGUAAUUUGUGUCCCGUAUUUAUUUAUUGUAUGCUACAGUAAUAAUAAUAAUUAAAAUGUAUUGCUUCUCUAUUGCAUUGGUGCAAACUGUAAAGAUAAAAUUAAGCUUCUGAAAUAAAUAAAUAAAAUUUAUUUAUUUAUUAUUUAUAUUUUCCAGCCGCUUGAAUUUUUAAUUAAUAUUUUUAAUAU